CACAGCUCGCGCCCGGGCGGGGAGGACUGUGACCAACAUACCUACUCAAGAUGGCGGACAUCUCGUGAGCGUCUAGUGUGUAGUAGUGCAGUGAUGUGAUGUGCAACGGUGAGCAUGCAGCAUGAGCGUAGGCUGUGGGGGGCCCGCACCCGGGCGGCCUAGCGGGCCCUGGCAGUUGGCCCCCGGGGGCGAUUGGAGCCGCGAGGGGGGGCACUCCGGCCGCCCGCAGCGAUGCUCCCGGCUCCCGUGACUGCCGACGACCGAGCCGCCACCGCGCCCUGCAACACAGAAUGCUCCGGGCCCUGGCGGGCCUGUCGCUGCUGCUGAUGGCCGGCUUGGCGCUCGCCGCCACCCCGCCGCUCGAAGUCAUCAACCCCUGGUUGUCGGCGUGCGACCUGCAGCCCACCAGCGCGGCCGACCUGCAGGGCGCGUGCUCCGCCAUGUGGGGCCCCGGGCCCCUUUGUCCGCCGCCCUGUUCCGGCAACAGUACUACUCAGUGCCUUCAAUAUUUGGAAGAAUCGCACAAAGACGAGGUGUGCGGCCGCGGCUCCAGCCCUGACCGCAGGCGGCGCGCGCUGCAGGGACUUCAUAUGCACCACUGCUGCGAACACGCGGUGGAUACGGCGAUGCCCGAAAGCGCGCUCCAAGAUGACGAAACUUGCCGCCACCUGCUGGACGCACUGCUCGAGGUGGACGCGUUGGCCGCUCGAAUCUCGUGUGAACUUGCUGAGGUGCUAACCCGCUACGAUUGCGGUCAGACCUACUCAAUUGCCCACCACUGCGACGACUGCAAGGUGAGCACGUUGUACAGUGUGUUGCAUGGCGAAUUGGGAGCAUACCGGCGGUGGGUGUGCAGCUCAUUGGUGCCUCAUUUUCUACAUGGAGAUGUGGAAUUACGUGUACGGCCGUGUCGCAGCGUGUGUCAAUCUGUAGAAGAGCAGUGUCCCUAUAUGCUACCCGGGGAUCGCGCACCUGCACAUCCUACACAAUAUGCCGGCGAGCCCACCUUUCUCUGUCUCGAUCCUAACAUUCCGGAAACAGGAGAACAAAGGUUGAAAUCCUCGCAUGGAGAUGAAGACUGUUGUUAUACGCACUGUGGCUCGGCAGGCAGAGGGGUAUGUGUUAACUGUCCCGGGCGGCCUUCCAACGACACCCCAGUGCCAGUGCGGUGUGCGGCCGGUACCGCCACCAAGACCUCCGAAUGUAAAGUCAUUGCGCUUACCAGCGCCGCCUCAAGAACUUAUUAUAAAGUGCAACAUGUAUGGACCGCAUGGAAUUUAUUAACAUUAACGCAAAUGUGGAUUAUUAAUAAUAACAUAUUAAAAUGUUUAUUGGUUAUGUGCGCGAACAGUGCGCGGACAUUGUUCAGAUGGAUUAAGACUAAAUGGAGAUCGUGCUCAUAGAAUUAGGAAAGUUAGGCGAUAUGUGUUCCGUUCACUUACAAGCCACUGGUUAGUUGGGAUAAUACAAAAUUCAUAUUCGUUACGUACGUGGUAGGUACUUACGCACAAUUUCAUCUAAUUAAUUUUAACACAAACACUGUGACGUACCACCAAUCGGCGUUAAUUUGAGAGAGCUUUUCUUUAAGUUUAGACCAUAACUAAAGAACGAUUACGUGCUUUUUGGGUUCUAAACAAACUGACCAACUGUAAAUUGCUUAAGGUAAAUUAAGGAAAGUGCAAAAUCUGUGAUUUUGAACAAACGGUGUGAUUUUUCAUAAACCGCAUUACUUGCGGAAGAGGGCUCAACUCAUUGAGUGGGGUGGGCUCUAAGGACCUUGUGCCUUAGAAGCCCCUGUGCUUGGGGCUUGUUAUCACUAUACUUAUUUAACAAUUGACGCUACUUUCGAACUCAAAACUAUCAUCGUCAUCAUUACAAACCAUAAGGUAUUUUACAACAAAAACAUAUAGCAAUAUAAUUGGCCUUGGAAAAGAUCGUUGCUAUUCUUUACAGAUGAAUAGUAACGUCCCUACUUCAAUUUCCGUUUUCACCCCAUACGUUUACACAUUAGAGCGUACCUUAUUUGAUGCACCACAUAACGUGAUAGAAUUUUGUCCAAUAAGGCAAAUUAUGCCUCAGUUUGUUUAGUAGCCAUUUCGUCAUUCAAAGAACUUGACAUAUCAGACGAAAAACAUCUUGCUUUACUAAAUAGAAGCACGACAUAAAGAGACUACAAUAGACGUUAAGGUUUACGGGUUUUGCUGUAUCGUGUAGGAUUUUCCCAACUGAUCAGAGAAGUAGGUGGACUUUCUUUAGAAGGAAUAUCUUCAUGCACAUAGAACUUGUCUAGGACUGCAAUGCAAAUGUGAGACCAGAGAAAUACCGACGGCGUGUCAAUUACAAGCACUGAAAAUUGCGUACAUCCAGCAAACCUAUCACUAUUUAGAAAGUUGUCGAUUAUCCAAUUCAAAAUUUUUAAAAAAAUGGUUGGUAUUAACUGGCUCACAUUGUUCAAUGGCUGUUGCGAAGUAUAUGAUUCGCUACGAAGAUUAUUAAAAAAAUAUAUUGUUGAUGUUGAAGAUACAUGAUAUAUUAGUUUUGAUUAAUUUAUUUUGAUACUAAUAAAGACUUUGUUGCAAUAUAUUUGUAUUAUAACGUGCCAAUAAGUUUAAAGGUCAGCGAGAACCGAAAAACUACGCUUACUAAUAGGAAUUUGUCACAAGGCAACCGCAUAGUGACAGAUUUUUUUAUAGUAUGUGAUAGUUUUAUUUAUUUUAGGUAUCAAAUCUGUCCGUGAAUAGUUAUAAUUAAACUUACGCAAUAUACUUGCUAAGCAGCCACCAUGCAGUCAACCAAAAAAGAAUAUUAGCAGUGAUCCAUCUUCGGUUUGAUUCAUUUUAUAUUUUACUGUUAGUUAAUACAACGUAUGGCAAUUUAGACGUAUGCAGAACAAAAGUUGAAUAAUGUUAAACGUGAGAUCUUCGUAGACGUUGGGAAAUAGAUAAUCUGAACUGAUUGUAGCAAAAUACUUCAAUAGAACACCAGUAAUUUUUUUUCGGUUUUGGAUUUCGUUCGGUGCGAAAAUGUUUCCCGACUGCCAUCAUUGUAUCUCACAAGUGCUUAGAGAGUACCUAUCUGUAACUUUUAAGUGUUAUUUUAAAGACUCCAAACGUCAACGAUAAAAAUACAAAUUGCACAAGUUCUUCAUAUCAACAGUUUCAACACUAACUCGGCUCUGAUUUCUAUACCGAAAGUAUCAGACAAUACUUUAUUAAUUGCAUUGCACGCAUUUUCGGCUCAAGAUAAAACAAUCGUUUGCGACGUUUCGCCAACAUUAUAUUUAAAACAAUUUUUUAAAAGGGCAAAUUGUGGAGAUACAUUUGUAUGAGGACCAUUUUGUAAUUAAAGAAAAAAUUCAAAAAUAAUUUUUGAAUGCAGCCGUGUAAUUAUAUUUGCUUCGAAAAAAAAGUAAUAAUAAUAAUAUUGAAAUGUUGACCAAACCUUGAGAAAUCGUUAAAGUAUUGUCUAGCACUACUCUUCAUGACUGUGUAAAAUAAAGCUGCAUUGGUUGUAAAUUUUUAAACGAGAAACGAGUAUACUUCGCGAAACCAUGAAUUUUUAUAAUAAUUUUAAUCAGGGUAUUUUAUGUGUUAUACUUAUAAUGUUGGUAUUUAUCAUGGCGACUUAUUACGAAUACUCCUCUAGAUUUACGAAGCUGCUACUUUAUAUACACAGUCAUAUUUGAUUUUACUACCACUAGUGUACAAUUAUGACUCAUUUCAAUUGUUUAUACCUAGAGGAUAACUCAAAUAUGCAUUUCGUGCGGAAAUUACAUUUAAAUAGUUUUACAUUAAUAAAGAUAAAUCUAACAAAAUAAAUCAUUAGUGAACUUCCCUUAGUUCUACUGUUGAAGAAAAUUUGUCGUUUUUACGAAAUUUUAGUGGACUCGUAUUAAAUUAGGUAUCUUUACGUUUUAAAAAAAAAUAUAACUAGGUCUGUUAGAAAAUUUGAAGUUAUCCUCUUAGCAAUAUAGUUAAUGCACGAGAUAUAAAAUAAGUUUUUUUUAAGACAUCAAAUAGCUUUCACAUAAAAUAUGCCAAAUCACGUUGUAUUAUUAAGAAAACCAUGUGAAAAGUGUUUGUGUGCGAAUGUUUUAGUACAGAAAUCAAAAAAUAUAUAUAUUAAAUAUACAUAAUUAAUUAUAUUGAGAAUGAUUCUACGUAGUUCAGUUCUAGAUUCGUCCGAAAAGUACGAGUGUUAGCUGUGUUCGGUAGAGUCUCUGCAAAACCUGUGAAAACAGAGUGGUGUUUGUCGUUAAAAGAUUCCAUUUUAAUUUAAGAUGGGUACGUUUCUUUUCGUUUCAGAACUGAAACUAUAUUAGUACAAAAAAAUCAUUAAAUCAAAACGCAACAAACACCACCUUGUACGAUUUUUUAUAUUGUAAAACGGUGUGACGUUUCCAUUAAAAACUAUGAAUAGAUUACGAUUACUUUAAGUUUAGUUUUAUCCAUACGAAAGGGACUCUAAAAAAUUAGUAUAAUAUAAUGUACCUAUAAAAGUAAAUAUCCGACUCAAACGGUACUAAAAUAGAAUGAAAUAAACAAUGCUCAUUUAUAGGUCAUUUAUUGUUAUAGAAUAAAUGUUACUAAGGAAUAUGUCAAAAUUGGCGUAAAAUAUUUUUUUGAAAUAUAUUUUACAAUCAUACGCAUCUCAGAUGCGCGUGAUCGUAAGAUCUCCUGAAUCUUUAAAAAAAUAUUUUUAUCAAUCAAAAACUCAAGAAACAUGUUCUCAAAAUGUCCAAAAGAAGCAGGUUUUCUGCAUUAUGAAAUAGCUUUUUGUAAAAGAUAGCUCAAUAAUAUACGUUAAAUGUAAUUUUACAGUUACCGAUGCAGAGCUGAUUCUUUUUAUUAACUUUGUUUGCAUUUAUCCACAACCAACAAAAAAAUAAAACUGAAAGAUAGGGUCCAUAUAGUAUCAUUUUGCAAAAAAAAUGCAAUCGAGCAAUAAAAUAUCAACAAUGAAUCAGCUGGUAUCGGUAGAUUUGUUAUGUUGUUCAGAAUAUAUAUGAUUAUUGUUGCUAUUAUAGCGUUGUUGUUGUUGUUAAAUUUAGAAGAUGUUAGCAUAUUUUAUUUAAAAGGCCUUUUACAUACUAUUUAUUAGAUUAGUAACUUAUAGCAGGAUUUUUAUAGAGCAAAAGCUAUUUUAUUAAAACGUUAGUGUAAUUUAAAUCAUUUGUAAGCCUCCUAUUUUGUUUGUACCUUUUACACUUGUCGGCUUUUUAAAUAAAAAUAAAAGUCGAAUUUGCUGUAGAUUUUGUUGUAAAAGUUUUUAAUGUGUGCUCUUAACUAAGAGGGGCUUGCAUGAAAAACUUAUAUAUGUAUCUUUUUUAUAACUCCGGGUGAUUUCAUUUAAGGGUAUGUAAGAAAUUACUGUCACUUUUAAGAGCGAAUCGGCGAGUGUUUAUAUCGUAGUUUUUAUGAAUCAAUUGUUAUUAAUGUAAAGUUAUAGAUUUAGACUAAUAAGAAAUAUUGACUGGUGAAAGCAGAAAUUAUAAUAUACGACACCGUUAAACUUGUACAUGAUUGUAUAUGUGUCUUCGUUGUUAUGUCAUAAUGUCUAUUACUUAGAUACGUCAACAUCAAAAGUUAUUACAGUAUUCGUUUAAUUUUCACUUUAAACAUUUACAUCAAUUGAAUAAUCGCUCUCCUUGUAAAUAUCUCACUUCAUCGCACCAAAAUAUCUCCCUCUUACCUAAGAGUAUUCAAAUCGUCAAUCGAUCUUAUUUACUUUAUCUUGUGAAGAACAUUCAUAAAAUUUCACAGUCUAAUAUCACUUUGAAUUUUAUACUGUAAUAAUUUUCUGUUGAUUCUUUCACUGUUGUAACACCAAAGAGAUAGAGUCGGAUAUUUGCGACAGUGAUAGUUGCUUUACCAUUUAGAUUGUAAAAAUUAUUAAGAUAUUUUUGUGGAAACGUUACUUGUAUGAAACGCUAUACUUAAGUUAACGUUGCAGAUUUUAAAAUAAGGUUUAUCUAAUAAGUCCCAUGAAAAUUGAGUUAAGGUUGAAGUUUUUUUAUUAGUGCAAAGUAUUAUAACAUUGAAAAAAAACGAUGAAAUAAAAAAUUUAAACUAUCCCUGA